UAUUACCAUAACCACAUUGUACUUGCAAUAUGUUCAAGUUCGUGAUCUUGUUGUCGGUUGUUGCCUGCGCCUUUGGAGCUGCUAUCCCUGAGGGUCUCCUCCCUCAGUUGGAUGGACGCAUCGUUGGAGGCGUUGCUACCACCAUUGGUAGCUUCCCCUGGCAAAUCUCGCUCCAGCGUAAUGGCUAUCACUCCUGCGGUGGCUCCGUCUUCCGUGCCAACAUCAUCGUGACUGCUGCUCACUGCCUGCAAAACGUCUCCCCCUCCGCCCUGCAGGUUCGCGCUGGAUCCACCUACUGGAACUCUGGUGGUGUUGUCCUCAAGGUGGCCAACUUCAGGAACCACGAGGGCUACAACGGUGCCACCAAAGCCAACGAUAUUGCCGUCAUCCGUCUGAGCGGUAGCCUGGCAAUGAGCUCCAACAUCAAGGCCAUCGGUCUGGCCUCUAGUGCUCCCGGCAAUGGUGCUGCUGCCUCCGUCUCUGGAUGGGGUGCUCUCUACUCUGGCUCCACCUCCACACCCACCCAACUGCAGUACGUCAGUGUGAAAAUCGUCAGCAGGGCCACCUGCGCUUCCGGUACCUACAGCUAUGGUAACCAGAUCUCGUCCACCAUGAUCUGCGCUGCUGCUCCCGGCAAGGAUUCCUGCCAGGGUGACUCUGGUGGCCCAUUGGUCUCUGGAGGUGUCCUCGUUGGUGUCGUCUCUUGGGGAUAUGGUUGCGCCGACUCCAGAUAUCCCGGUGUCUACGCCGAUGUUGCUGUCCUCCGCAACUGGGUGAACAACGCCGCCAACUCCGUCUAAGAACAUUUGCAAAAUAAAUCACAUCUUAAAAAUUA